AUGUCCAAAGGAGGGCCUGGUUUUUUCCGCAAGACGGCAGAUGAGCUGAGCCGGGCAACAAGAAUAGCGUGGAAGCUCGAGACACUCGACGUUGCCAAAGACCAAUACCACCUACUCGACUUCUCCAAGGAAGCAACUGUGCAAGGAUGCAAGACGAUGGCAGACCGUGCGGUUGGAGGAUACAGUACGGCGAGCCUGGACUAUGUCCCAGCAGACCCAGAAACAAACACGCCAGCACACGCUCGAUUCCACGGAUCUAUAUCGACCAAACUGCCCAAGGAUUGGAGGAUACAGAGAACCGGAUACGCGGCCUUUCGAAACCAGGAUCGUGGCUUCUGGCUCCUGGGCAGACUCUACUGGGACGUGGACCCGUAUACAUUCCUAGCCCUACGAGUCAAGUCCGACGGAAGACGGUACACGGUCAAUGUACAGACGGACUCGAUCAUUGAAUCGGACAUUCACCAGCACCGCCUCUUCACUCGGCACCAUCGAAUACUCGACCGGCCCACGGACCACCUUACAUCCUCCACGCUAACUCCAGAAGAAUCACUGUCCGAACCCGAAUCCGAGUCCGACUUCCCAUCCACCUCUACCUCGUCACUGUCCCGAACGCCCGCAGCACUAGCCGACUUUGCUCCUCCGGAAGAGGCCAACAUCACAACUACGACAUCGUCGUACGUAACCAACCCACAGCCCAGCUCAACAGGGUGGGAAACGAUACUGAUCCGAUGGUCAGAUUUCGUACGCACUAACCUGGGCACGGUCGUCGAACCGCAGACCGGUCUGCUACGACAGCGUGUAAAGUCGAUUGGCAUUGGUCUGACGGACCGAGUGGAAGGGCCGUACGAUCUACGCAUUCAUCGGAUGUGGGCGACCAACGGACUGUGCGGGGAGGAGCUGGAAGAAGAGAAGAGGAUUUGUGGAGAAGACGCAGUUUAUACUUCUGCUACAAGCCCUGUCUCUUCAGCCUCGAAGUCAGAGCAGGAGUCUAGACAUGACGACGAUCACUCGUCCCUGGUCGAGAGGGAGUCUAAAGGCGUGGAUCGUUUUAAGAGUCUGAAGGGAUUCCAGAAGAAAUGA